CACGCGUGUGUAAAAACGUGUACGUGUGCGUGUGCGUGUACGUGUGCGUGUACGUGUGCAUAUUCCUCCUCGUUUCCUCUCUUCUCCAGAAACGUGCAUCUCCUCUUCUGGAAACGUGUGCUACUUAUUCGAAUCGACUUCGUUGAAAAAAGAAGAGGCGGGAUUUUCAAAUUCAAACCUAUCGAAUAUUCAACCGAUUCUUUUUCUACUUACUACGCACACAUGCCGAAGUCGGGUUCUAAGUGGAGGUUCUGGAGAAAGCAGAAGAGAUCUCCUUUGGAACAAAAAAAGGAGGAAAAGGAGGAGUUAAAAAAGUGCAAACGAAAACGGGAAGACGAAACGAAGGAUACCAUAACGAUAAGUCGAAAAAAGGACGAGACCACGAGUACGAGUCAGGAUUGCAAGAGGAAAAUAAUGGAGAAUAUGUUACCUAAGUGCGAGGCUCGACUACCAAAAGUCACCCCGAUCACCGACGAUUACGAGAUCAGUAAUCACGUUCUGGGGCUUGGUAUUAACGGGAAGGUCGUACAAUGCUACGAUAAAAAUACUAGGGAAAAAUAUGCCCUCAAGGUUUUACACGAUUGUGUUAAAGCGAGAAGAGAAGUUGAAUUACAUUGGAGGGCGUCCAAUUGUAGACAUAUAGUCCAAGUAAAGGAUGUAUAUGAAAAUUCGUAUAGUGGAAACAAAUGUUUACUCGUGGUAAUGGAAUGUAUGGAAGGUGGUGAAUUAUUUCAAAGGAUUCAAGAUCGACAAGACAGUGCUUUUACGGAAAGAGAAGCUGCACAAAUAAUGUACGAAAUAUGUGUAGCUGUAAAACAUCUGCACGAUAUGAAUAUUGCUCACAGAGAUCUCAAACCGGAAAAUCUUUUAUAUUCCAAACCUGAUAGUACGGGAAUUUUAAAACUAACUGAUUUUGGAUUUGCCAAAGAAACACAUAUGAAAGAUACAUUACAAACUCCUUGUUAUACGCCAUAUUAUGUUGCUCCAGAAGUUCUGGGACCAGAAAAAUACGAUAAAAGUUGCGACAUUUGGUCGCUUGGUGUAAUAAUGUAUAUACUAUUAUGUGGCUUUCCACCGUUCUAUAGUAAUCACGGUUUAGCGAUAUCACCUGGAAUGAAAAAAAGAAUUCGAUUGGGUCAAUAUGAUUUUCCUGCUCCAGAAUGGUCUAAUGUAAGUGUACAAGCUCGUGAUCUCAUUAAAGGAAUGUUAUGCACAGAUCCAGCACAAAGAUUGCAGAUAGACGAAGUGAUGCGCAAUAAAUGGAUUGCCAAAUAUACAGAAGUGCCUCCUACCCCUUUGCACACUGGUCGUGUAUUAAGGGAAGGUGAAGAACUUUGGCCUGAGGUACAAGAAGAAAUGACUCGUUCUUUAGCUACAAUGCGGGUAGAUUACGAUACGGCAAAUCUUAAACAACUCGAUCAUACCAAUAAUCCAUUAUUAAACAAACGUAGACGCGCUAAACAAUCCAGCGCUAUUCCACCUACCGCUAAUCCAACUCCUGCUUCCUAGGAGGAUGUUUUAAGAGCCAGACACAACUGGCAUUUUUUGAUACGCCGAUGCAUUAGGUACAGCAUUAUUACAAUGCGGAUUGUUUUUUGACGACUUGCAUCAUCAUGCAAAGGAAACAAACUUGCAAAGUAGAUUAUUAUUUUAAAAGAAAUUAAUUGUGUGCAUAUGAGUGCACAUACAUAUAUGCAUGAAGGAUUAACAUGCAUUAUUGCUCAAUAUAUCGAGAGUUCUCUCUCUCUCUCUCUCUCUCUCUCUCUUUUUUAACUAUUGUAACAUUUUUAAUAUUAAUUAUUUGUACAAUUGUUUGAAAUAAUUUGCAAAACUUUUUUAAUCAUAGACGCGAUAAUAAACUUUAGUAUCAUUAUUCUUGAGCAAUAAUAGCAUGUAUCCUUCAUACAUAAUCUGUUUUAAUAAUUUAUAAUUUUUUUCUAAACGAUACAAAAAUAUGGCCUGAUCAACAUUAUUUUAAACAUUAAUAUUCUAAAGGAAAUUAAGAGUAUAAAAAAGAAAAGUUAUUAGCAAAGAAAAAAUAAUAUACAAUAUUCGUUGAAGAACUAAUAGGUAUAUGCCUAAUUUCAUUUGAUAAAAAUUUUUCUAACGAUAUACUUACGUGAUAUCAUAUCAACGAUAUAUACAUAUAUUAAUUGCUGAAACUUAGUACAAAUUAUUCAAUUUUAUAAAUUUUUCGUUCUAGAACGUAAUCUUUACAAUGGCCUCUCCAUCUAUAUAUAUCCUGAAAAAAGCUUUGAGUGAUUGAAUGUAGAGUAAUCAUGAUAUAAUAUAUAUUCUAAUAUAUAUCUGUUUCCAAAUUGAAAUUUGUUUAUUAUAUAAAUACAGCAACAAUUUACAUCACUUCAUUUUAAACCGUCCAAACUGCAAAAUGCUAGAAACAGAAAAUAAUAUCAAAUUAGAUAUUGCUAAAUACGAUAUCGCAUUAGUACGAAAUUAUUUAUGUUGAUUGUAAAAUGAUAACGAGAUUCUAAGAAAAAGUAUUCACUGAAUGAUUAAAAGUCAAUGUGAUUACUUGAUAAAAUAAUUAAUCGAUUUAUUCAGACGCUUCACACUGAUCUUUGUAUUAUUAACAUCUCACUAUUUCAUGAAAUUUUUGCCUAAACAACACGAAUUUAGUGUUCCUCUUCGACAUUUCACUAAAGUUUUAAGAAUGAAUAAAACUAUAGCAUUGAAAAUACAUUAGAACAAUUAUAGAGAAUAGAAUUAUAUGAAGUAUAAUACUUUAAAGAGUAUAUUUUUACCAAUAUGUUAAAAUAAAAAAUAUUACUUUAAAAUAUAUUAAUCGUAAUGUUGGUAUAGAAAUAUACUUGAAAAUUAAGGUGAUCAAAUAAAAAUAUAGAUUUUACUUGAUUAUAAGUGGAUAGUGUGUGUAUAAAUUUGAUUAUAUUUUAUAUAAAUAAAUUUAGUAUAAAUAUUUAAAGAAAAUAUAUCGUCAAUAUCGUCAAUCAAUAACUAAAUAUUAAGAAACAGAGUAUAGAUCAGACUGUUUUUUAUUUAGAAGUGACUGAUAUCUAUUAAAAUUGUAAAUAUUCUUUAGGAUAUAUAAAAUUUGUAGUUGAGAAAACGAAUCGUAUAUCAUUGAUUUAUAGAAUUUAUUUAGGGUGGUGCUACUAUUUUCAAAUAUUAAAUAUAUUAUAAAAGCAAUUUUCAGUAAAAAAAUUUAUUUAAUAAGACAGACGAUAUAAAAUUAUUAAUAUCAUGAUUAUACUGGCCUUAUAAACGAUUAUCCUAAAUUAGGUGUCUUUUCAUUCAUACUUGUUCGGUUAGAAGUAGAAUCACGAAUUGGAUGAUUAUAUGAAUUAUAAUGAAUGCUGAUUUGACAUGCAUUUAUGAAACUCGACAAUAAAAAUGUGAAUGUUCAAUUAUAGAAUUACUAUUUCAUCUCAUUGUAUUUCUGUGUACCACAAAAGAAUUUUAAUUUUUAUCACUAUUAUUAUUAAACGAAAACCAAGCAAAACACGAAAUAAAACGAACGGAAUAUUUGUAACAGUUAAUGCUUAGAAGAGUUAUAACUCAUUUGAUAUAAAUAUAAUGCAGAUAGUAAAUUGUAAUGUUCAUGCACAUAACAUACUAUUUCUGAUUUCAAAACCAUACAAAUUUUAAUAAGGCUAUUACACUUUUAUUGUUUCUUUUAAUCUCAUCAAUAACUCUAGUAACAAUCAUGCACCAGUAUACAGUAUACACUGUUCUGUAGAUACAAGUAUUCUUAUAUUAUGUUCUUUCUCAAUAUGCGUGAGUGAUAAUGCAUAUAUAAUUCCUGAUAAAUAUUGAUCAAACUUUAUGACCAAUAUCUUACAGGAAUAUAUAUACUGUAAGUACUUACAUUUAUUAUUGUUAAAAGUACUUGCACCUUAAUGAGAAAAGAUUCAUUACAUCUAUGUAUAUCAAAAUAAAAAAAAAAUAUGUUGAAUACAAAGUUAUACAAAAUUAUAAAUAAAAUAAUUUUUAGAAACA